GCGCGCUAUGCGUGAUGACGUAACGGGCGUUGAUUGGGAGCGCGAACUGGAGCCCCUGCGAGCGUGGCGCCCCGCCUUUUGUCCAAAUUGAUCUCUUCGUUGUUUCUAAGUAAACACUAUGUCAGGUUGGGAGUCUUAUUACAAAAACGAGGGCGAUGAGGAAGAAGAACAAGAAGAGGGACUUGAAGCAGGAGGAGAAUAUACAUACUCAGGAAGAGAUAGUUUGAUUUUUUUGGUUGAUGGUUCUAGGGCCAUGUUUGAAUCUGAGGGUGAAGAUGAAAUGACUCCUUUUGACAUGAGCAUCCAGUGUAUCCUGAGUGUGUAUACCAAUAAGAUCAUAAGCAGUGAUCAAGAUCUCUUGGCAGUGGUGUUCUAUGGUACUGAGAAGGAUAAAAAUUCAGUGAAUUUCAAAAAUAUUUACGUCUUGCAGGAGUUGGAUAAUCCAGGUGCGAAACGAGUGCUCGAGCUUGACCAUUUUAAAGGGGAGCAGGGGAAGGAACAUUUCCAAGACCUAAUUGGCCAUGGGUCUGACUACUCACUGAGUGAGGUGCUCUGGGUCUGCGCCAACCUCUUUAGCGAUGUCCAGGUCAAGAUGAGCCAUAAGAGGAUCAUGCUGUUCACCAAUGAAGAUGACCCCCAUGGCCUUGACAGUGCCAAAGCCAGCCGGGCCAGGACCAAAGCUGGAGAUCUCCGUGACACAGGUAUCUUCCUGGACUUGAUGCACCUGAAGAAACGUGGGGGCUUUGACAUAUCCUUGUUUUACCAAGAUAUCAUCAGCACAGCCGAGGAUGAGGACUUAGGGGUUCACUUUGAGGAAUCCAGCAAACUGGAGGACCUGCUAAGGAAGGUCCGCGCCAAGGAGACCAAGAAGCGUGUGCUGUGCAGGUUGAAGUUUAAGCUGAGCAAAGAUAUAGCACUCACUGUCGGCAUGUAUAAUAUGGUCCAGAAGGCUGUCAAACCUCCUCCAGUGAGGCUUUAUCGGGAAACCAAUGAACCAGUGAAAUCCAAGACCCGGACAUUUAAUGUAAAUACGGGCAGUUUGCUUCUGCCUAGUGACACCAAGAGGUCUCAGAGCUAUGGGAGUCGUGAGAUUGUACUAGAGAAAGAGGAAACAGAAGAGCUGAAACGCUUUGAUGAACCAGGUUUGAUUCUCAUCGGUUUCAAGCCCUUGACAAUGCUGAAGAAACACCAUCACCUGAGGCCCUCCCUGUUCGUGUACCCCGAGGAGUCCCUGGUGAAUGGGAGCUCAACCCUGUUCCAUGCUCUCCUCACCAAGUGUCUGGAGAAGGAGGUCAUGGCAGUGUGUCGAUACACCGCCCGUCAGAACAUUCCUCCUUAUUUUGUGGCCUUGUUGCCACAGGAAGAGGAGCUGGAUAAGCAGAAAAUUCAGGUGACUCCCCCAGGCUUCCAGCUCGUCUUCUUGCCCUACGCGGACGAUAAGCGGAAGGUGCCCUUUACCGAGAAAGUCAUGGCGAACCCAGAGCAGAUAGAUAAGAUGAAGGCUAUCAUUCAGAAGCUCCGUUUCAACUACAGAAGUGACAGCUUCGAGAACCCGGUGCUGCAGCAACACUUCAGGAACCUGGAGGCGCUGGCUUUGGAUCUCAUGGAGCCCGAGCAGGUGGUGGAUCUGACACUGCCUAAAAUUGAAGCAAUAGACAAAAGACUGGGCUUCCUGGUGAGUGAGUUUAAGGAGCUUGUCUACCCACCGGAUUACAAUCCUGAAGGAAAAGUUUCCAAGAGGAAGCAAGAUGAUGAAGGUUCUGGAAGCAAAAGGCCCAAGAUGCAGUUAUCUGAAGAGGAUCUGAAGGCCCACGUGAGCAAGGGCACGCUGGACUGUAUCACAGGGUAACAAAAAGAUGCCAACAUUCUCUUGUAUUAUUAUUCCACCUAAUAAAGAAGGACGGAUUCAAUCAAAUCCCACCAUCCUACAACACAUAUUCACCAGGAUUCUUUUUACAACUAUUUUGCAUAUAAAAUUCAGGAGGGCUCCACGUUAUCAUCGCAACAAGCGGUUCGCCCCGGCGGUCCGACCUAACCCUGGAUCUGGGAGCUGGACCGCGGCACGCGGCACCGCAGUUCUAGGUGGCGACCCCGUGGGUGAUGGCCCGGUGGGAACACUCACCAUCGCGUCCGUCUCGGUGGUCUCCUGCCCGAUACCGCAAGGACACAGAAAUGACCCACCCGCAGAGAAGCCGGAAGUGAUGUAGGGAUGACGUCAGCGGAAGUGACAUCAAGAGCGAGAUUGCACCAAAACGCCCGGUCCCUAAACCACUGCAGUGGUCCCAGGAUGAGGUGGUAUUGAGGGCUGGAGAUCCCGGAAGGUCUUAUAUUUGGUCCGGUGUUCUCCAUACACUCUCGAAUCCGCCUCUCAAGGCCCAUAAAAAUCUGCUGGGAUAAUCUGAUUUGCAGAUUUGCUAUAAUCCCAGUUGCGGUAAGACUUUUAGGAUGCACAAUCUGUCAAUCACUUUAUAUAUACUCAGUACCUUCCUUUCCUCCCUUCCUCUCUCUCUCUCUUUUUAAAAGAUUUUUAUUUGACAGCGAGUGAGGAAACAAGCAGAGGAGUGGGAAAGGGAGAAGCAGGCUCCCCGCGGGGCAGGGAGCUCCAUUCGGGGCUCGAUUCCAGGACCCUGCGAUCAUAACCUGAGCGGAUGGCAGACGCUUAACGACUAGAGCCACUCAGGCACCCCAACUCAGCACCUUUCAAUAAGGCUUUACGAUUUUCCCAGAAGGCUUAACAUCUUUUAGAUUUACUCCUAGAUAUUUCAGGCUAAGAAAAUUCACUUUAUUAAUUAAAAAAUUCCCUUUAUUUCCUACUAUAUUAAGAAUGUCUCUGAAACUAAUGAUGUACUAUCAGUUGGAUAACUGAAUUUAAAUAAAAAAAAUUUUUUAAAGAAUUUCUUCUUUGUUGGGGUGCCUGGGUGGCUCAGUGGGUUAAAGCCUCUGCUUUCGGCUCAGGUCAUGAUCCCGGAAUCCUGGGAUCGAGCCCCACAUUGGUCUCUCUGCUCAGUGGGGAGCCUGCUUCCUCCUCUCUCUCUGCCUGACUCUGCCUGCCUGUGAUCUCUGUGUCAAAUAAAUAAAAUCUUAAAAAAAAAAAAAAAAAAAAAAGAAUUUCUUCUUUGUUAAACAAAUUGGUGUUGAAUUCUAUCAUUUUUUUGGUGCUAAACUGACACAGAUUAAAAAGGCUUUCUUCCUUUAAUUUUUUGAGUUUUUCUAAUGUUAAACCAAUGUUGCAUUCCUGAGAUAAAAUCAACUUAAAUAGGCUUUCUUAUUUUAUUUUAUAUCCAUUAGCUAAUAGACUUAAAGAUUUCUUGGUGGGCAGGAAUGAUAAAAAUGUUCUAAAAUUUUACAGCAAUAGUUGCACAACUCUGUCAGUAUAUGAAAAACCACUGAACAAUAUACACUUCAGAUGAUGAACUUUUUAUAGUACAUAAAUUAUCUCAAUAAAGCUAUUUUCAAAAUCA